CCAAAAGUUUUAAAAAAUUGACUCAUGUCGUUUCUGCAAUCAUCAAUUCAAUUAAUAUUAGAUCAAAUUUAUAUAUUAUCAAAUGUUUAGAGGAAAAUAUAAACCGUGUUUGAUUUAAGAAUGUUGACUAUAUAAAUCUCGUGAAAACGAGUAGUUAGUACAUUAUACUUAAAUGCAUGCAAAGCAGAUAUUAAUAAUUCUCAAUCAAUUGUUUUCAAUAGUUACAAAUUCAUAAUAAUUGAUAUUUACAUAGUAUCCAUCUCAAAUUUGUUAACUAGAAUUUAGAACUCCAUAACCCCUUGUAUAAAAUACUUAGGCAAUUUAACAUGUAGUUUUGCGGUUAUCACCUUAUCAGAAAGUGAAUAGUGAUAAGUGCAAAAUCGACCAAUCUACUAGUUACUACAUUCAUUCAAUAUUUUUAUUUUUUACAAAUAUAUAAAAUCAACUGUAUUAGUAUAAUUCAUAAGGAAUAACUGUAAAAGUUAAACAAACUAUUGUAUAGAAUAAAAAUGUUUUCACAUAGUCUUAUAGAAAUGUAGUUCUGAUUGAACUAUUAAGUAGUAAAACACAUUUUUAGAAACAAUUAUGUUAUAUCUUAAAUGCUACUAUAAAUAUUACUAUAUAACUUUAUUGAGCAUUUUUCUCGUUUUGUGUUUAAAUGUUUAUUUAGUGUUCUUUUUUUCAAAAGAUGAAUCAUCUAUAGGAAACCCAUCUAUCAUUAAAUACAAUGCAACAUACUCUGCUACUCAAAAUAUUAUGAAUUCGUUGAGUAAACUUGACAAAGAGUAUGAUGUACCAGUACCAACUUUUCAGUCAAAUGUUUUAAGAGAACUUAAUGUACUCUUAAGUAAUUUAAAAUUAAAGAUCAAUGGUGAUAUUGAUUUAUUUGCUGCUACUAUUAAAGUAAUGAACCAAAAUGGACUUAUGCCUCUUCAUGGUACACCAUAUCUGGGAUCAACUAUUAACUUAUUAAAAACAUCAAAAAUUACCAAGACAUAUAAUGCAUUUAAAGGAACCCAGCUUAAGUUAAUACUUAUGUUUGAAAAUAAACAAGAAGUUCUAUUUAAACCAAAAUGGUACCUAGAGUCUGAAAUUAUUGAAGGCAGUGUAUAUGCCGGUAAAGAUCGUUAUAAUGGUGAAAUAAUAGCAUUUUAUAUUUCUCUUAUUCUUGGGUUUCCACGUGUUCCAAUUGUGGUGAAACGAAUCUUAGAUGCAUCAGAAUUGCACGAAACAGCAAAUAUUGGAUUAAAAAAAACAAUGUACAUAAAUUCAACAACCAAGGAGACAUGUGUUUAUGGCAAAUGUUAUUAUUGUAAACGUGAAGAUCCAAUAUGUACAAAAAGUGAACGUCUAGAAGGAGCAGCAAUAUUUCAUCUGCCAUCAAAUAUAAAGCUUACACAACAUUUGCACCCUUGGAGAAGAACAUAUAUUGAAAACAAAAAAGCCAGAUGGGAAGACGAUAAUGAUUACUGUGAUAGUGUUAAAUCUAACUAUAAUUCUGAAAGAGUCUUAGAUUUUAUUGAUGUAUCUAUUUUUGAUUUUAUAAUCGGAAACGGAGAUCGACAUAGAUAUGAAGUUAUGGAACAAUUCAAUAAUACUAUUCUUCUAAUUGAUAAUGGAAAAAGUUUUGGGAAUCCUUAUAAAGAUCACAUUGACAUACUGGCUCCACUUUAUCAAUGUUGUAUAAUCCGUUUGAAAACUUGGCAAAGACUUAAAUCGAUUAAAGGCGGAACAUUCACAAAUAUAUUACAAAGUAUGUUGGACAUACACGAGACCUUAUCUCUUCUUACUCUACCACAUUACCACGCACUUGAGCGACGACUAAAAAUAAUUUAUGCUACUGUUGUUAUGUGUCAAAGAAAAUCAGAUAAAUCGAUUCUCAAAUGAUCUUAAUAACAAUAGCAUCGUUAAGACCCAAUAUUAAAUUAAUUUUUUUACUGUAUUUUUAUUUGUUAUUGUCUAACUGUGAUUGCAUAGAUUGUAAGAUAUUGUACUUCAAGUCUUAAUUCAGAUCUACAAAAUUAUUAUGAAAUUAUUUUAUAAUAUCUGAUGUCAAUAAUUUUGUGAGAUUCUCGUGGAACAAUGCACAUAACAUAAUCUUUUGAAAACUGAUCAAUAUAAUAGCUUACGAUAAUAAAUGUAAAUGUGUAGGUAGGUAAUGCAUUACUUGGCACUAUUCACUUCAGGGAUAAAACAGAAUUUGAUAGUUGGUGCCCAAAGUUUUAAGAAUCUUAAGCUAUUAGUUAAUAUAAAAGGUUUUAUUCAAUCUAGGAUGAACAAACUGUGACUAAUUUUUUAUUAAAUAUUUCUUAAUACGUAACUUUAACUUAAUAUAUAUAAAUAUCAGAAUAUUUAUGUAUGUUAAUAAAGAAAUGUAUAAUUUAAUUUAAUGUCUUGAUUUAAAAUUUAGUUAUUCAUUUUUAAUUUUUAGUAAAAUGUCUUAUUAGUGUUCAGCUAUUGGCCAAUCAGCUUCUACUGUCAUGAUUUGUAUAUUUUAAGUUACACAAAAUAUUUGUUUUGUAAAAACGCAAUUAAUAAUAAUAUACUUUCCAGCUUUCACCAAUUAUAAUCAGUUUGAAAUUAUACCGUUUAGUAAAUUUGCAGUCAUAUAAAAAUGUUUUGUUGACUCUAAAUACAAUUGCUAAAGUUUCAUUGUUCACUUGUCACUUUUGGUGAUGAAAUUAAAUAGAAGUUUCUCAAAAGAACUUUUUUAAUAACCAUUGGGUUUUGACAUUUAUUUUUUGGUUUUGUUGGCUCUCUGAUAGGUGGUUUUCUUACAUUAUGUUCUGUGUCGUACUUAAGUAUCUUCUACUGUUGAUGUUCAGCCAAAAUAUUAUAAGAUAAUUAACUUUUCUUCAAAAAAUCCUUUGUGGUAAAACUGAUUCUUCUUAUAAAUAAUAAUACCUAUUUGAAUAAUGGUAGUAGGUAGAAUGUAGAAUUACUUGGAUUUACAUAUAUAAAUUAUUACUUUAUUAGUUUAAUUCUUUCUAUUUUUGGAGAAUUUCUGUAUGUUUAAAUUAUUUUAUUAUUAAAGCAAUGGUAAAUUAUAUUCUAGUUUGCAAUAUUCAUUUUAUUUUUAGUCAAAAACAACUUUAUAAUUUAGGAUUUAAAUAGGCCUCAGUGCACAAUUUAGGUUGACUAAACAACUGUUAAAUCUGUCCCUGCUCAUGACUAUGACCCAGUGCAUCUUAACUUAAAUCUACUAUCUCUGACUGAUCAUUGUCAUGUUUGUGAUUUUCAACCUUUCUUCAAAAACUCAUUUGUGGUAAAACUGAUUUUUCUUCUCUCCUUCAACGCGGUAGCUUCAUAGUUCAUGUGCGCCCUACUUGUAACACUGUUCCGUUUGUUGUAUUACAGAUUACCAAAAUAAUGAGAAACUCUCACUUGUUAGUUGUUAUUCAGGCUAAUCUAAACACCUCCUACUCUUAAUUAAAUGGAUUAUAAUAUCCAAAAUAUAAAUUUGUUUAUAUAUUCAUAUAUUUUCAUAUGUAUAUUUUGCAAAUGAAUACAAAGUACUUUAUUUUUUAUUGUGUUUCAUAUUUUGGACAUCCUUCCAUAAAAUAAAUAAAUAGUAAAAAAUAUAAAUAAUAUACUACACAAUUCAAAACUCAAUUUCCUUGAAAAUAUCUUAAAAGGUUUGGGAUGUGUUAUACUGAACACAGUAGUCACUAUAAGACACAUUACGAAUAUCAAACAAACCCAAUGGUUAUUAAUGAUUUCUUUAUAAAAGAGAGUUAUUCAUUGACCUUAUAUUAAGUUAGUGUAUGGAGAUAUUUCUUCCUCUGAUAAUGUUUUAUUUAAGUUAAAAAUUCCAAAAAUUCAGAAUAACUACUAUUAUUAAAUUAGUAUUAAAUUAGUAUUAGUACUAAAAUAGUUAGAUAGAUACACAAAUAAAUAAAGCAAAUGUAAUAUAUGAUAAAACUGUAAAACAUAUUUAUGUGCUUCUACGUUUUUUUCAA